AUGGGUGGCGGCAGCGGACAGACCAAUGCACCUUGCGGUGAUAUCUACGUUAGGGAGGGUGUUGUUGCCGUCCACCACAAUAACAACCUGUGUUGUGUCGAUUUUAGAUUCUUUGGUGACGAAUUGGACUACAUCCCGCUGAAGGCCGCUUAUCCUGCUCAUGAGCAAGGCUACUUAAAAGCAAUCCUAGUAUAUCAAAGAUCAUGCUUUUCUUUAUGUCACAGAACAGAUAUGCUCUAA